AAAAAGCAAACAAAAACGUCUAAUAUUUACAAAGGAUUUUGAUGUUAGUGGCAGAAAUUUCCGUCGCAAAACGGCGCCAUUUUUUAGUAUUUUCGAGUGUAGCUGCUUCUCGAGUUGAUUUCUGCCAAGUUAAAGACCAGAAAAUGAAAUAUUCUACGGCACAAAUUAUUUGCAUAAUUAUUUUCAUCCUUUUGUUCUCAUGGGUUAUGAUGGCGGGCAUCUUAGAAACAUUGAUCAAUAAGAAAGUCAUAUCUAUUAAUACACAAAAAGGCGGAAUUUUUGAAUACGUUCUUAUUGCUUCACCUUCUGAAUCGAUAAAAGAACUUUCCUCUAUUAAAGUUCCAAAAAGUACAAGAUUUAUAAGCGGAAUGAAAAUCAUCUUAAUAAUAUUAACAAUAUAUGCUCACGUAUGUCUUCUUCUAGUUUACAAACCAACAAUAGCAGUUAGCUACGGAAAAUUAAUGGAUAUAAUGGAUGAUAUUUUAUCGAUAAUUUUCAAUCGUUUAUUCACAAUGAUUGAAACAUUUUUCUUUAUCAGUGGAUUUGUGUUGUUUUAUUUCCGCAAAGAAAAUGAAAAUGGCUCGAAAAUGAAAUAUGUAAUCUUCCUAAUGAAAAGAAGCAUUAAAUUUACAAUUCUCAUCCUGUGUGUAGUCGCCUUAGCUAUUGUUAUUCCGCUAUUUGGGGAUGGUCCGCAAUGGCAACUUAUUACUCUAGAAGGCAUAUAUAUCGAGAAAAACUGGUGGAAAUUCGCACUUCAUAUUAACAAUUUAAUCAAGACACAAACAUCUUAUCUAGAUGUUACUUGGUGUAUAAAUGCUUUAAUGCAAUUAACAGUCCUUACCGUUCCUUUACUCUUCAUUCAAGACAGAUGGCCAACAGUUGGAUGCAUAAUUAUGUCUGUCUUGAUCGUUUGCGGAAUGAUAUCUUAUAUGUAUGAUGUCCUGAAUAAAAAAUAUUACGAAAUACUAGGAACAUUUUUGAAUACGAGGAAAGUGAUCAACUAUCAACCAGAAAAUUACCAAAAACCUUAUUAUUCUCAUCUCAGCUCCUAUUGUUUUGGCCUAUUGAUUGGAUAUAUCAUUCAAAAAAACAAACAUUUGAAAUUUGGAAAAACAUUUCUCCGUUUCAUGUGGAUUUGUUCGUCGACCUUGAUUGCAUUAAUAUUGUACGGUCCUUAUGUGUUCAAAACUUGUACAUUUCCGAACGAAAACGUAAUUGUGGCAUUUCAAUGCGUGUCACCAUUUAUAUGGACCAUAGGAAUUGCUUGGUUAUGUGUAGCAUGCGUAACAGGACAUGGUGGGGUAAUUAAUAAAUUCCUCUCUCAUAAAAUUUUUAUUUUCCUGGAUCAUGUAUCUGUGUGGAUUUAUCUCCUGCAUAUUUUCAUUAUUGCAUAUGUUUACGGACAAUCAAGAAGAGCUCGUACAACUACUAUAUUUGAGUUGAUUAUGGUGUAUUUCUUUGUGACGAACAUCACAUUAAUUGCCUCUUACAUCGUUUUCAUAUUUGUUCAAUCGCCGAUAACUCGUCUCAUUUCUAAACUCCUCCAGAAAAAGUCACAAAUGAAUGAAGCUGCUGCUGAAUUAGAGACAUUACCAGAAGUAAAACAACAUUCUGAAUAAUGAAUAUUUGAAUUACAAUAAAAUUACAAAAACUCAACGUGAAUGAGUUAACGAAUAUGACGAAUUUUACGACAAAUAGACGACACUAUUCUAUAUAUAGUAGAAUUUUUGUAGAGGGAUUAUAUGUAUAAAUUCAUAUACGUAUUAAGUACGUAACAAAAGUGACUGUUUAUAUUUGUAGUUAAAUUUUAAUUUAAAAAGUAUUGGCUAUUUAGAAGCUACUUUCAACGUAGUGACAUUCUCAUUAUUGCGUUUUGCAGUGAUACCGUGGAAGAGGGGUUCUGUUAUUUGUUAACACGUAAAAUUUAUGCUAUAUUAUUAUCAAGUGUUGCUAUUGAAGAACGAUAACUUAUUUUAUAUUAGUGUUAACUUAUUAAGGUAAAAAUUAGAUUGCAUGUGUUUCAUUUCUUUUGAAUGACACUACGAGUUUUAUGAAUGUCAAGUUAUCGAGAAUCGAGUUUACUGUAUAAUUAAUUAUCGAAGU